UAUCUUCUGCAACAACAACAGAUCCUCAGUUAAUCUGCAGGAACUCAGAGGAGGAGAGGGAAUCAACACAAAACCACAAGGUAAACAAACAACACACAAUGUCCUGUUAGUCCCCUCUGUGUUUGCUGCUAAUACUUUUUGUUUGAAAGUUGUACAGUAUUGGUGAGAUUAAACUACAGUUUGGUCAACAUUAGGUAAUAUUUCUAUGGUUAUAUAUUGAGGAAAGAAUGCCAUUCUUCCUGCUGCUGAACACUAGUAUCUGCAGCUUCAGUCUACUUUUGAUCCAGAUAGUUUCCUAUGGUUUGACCUUUUAGCUCAAAUGAAGGGAACUCUUACUGCUACAGCAUACAGAGUUAUUUUGGCAAACAAACUGUAGUUACAAUCUGCAGCACUUCUGUGAUAAAACAGACAUGGAAGUCAUUAUAUACACAGAUAAAGUGUACUGAGUGAUGAUGCACAGCAGAGGUCCCCAGCAGAAUCUGAAUUUAGGAAAUUUAAAGACGAGAUUGUAAGUUGUCCACUGAUCUGACUUUUUUGAGUUGACAAACUUCAGACAUCUUGUUCUUCCUCCUCCAGCUGUGUGUGGAUGGUUUGUGUGUAAACCCUUUAUAUUUAAACAUGACCAGGUACAUAUAAAGGUGAAGACCUCGACUUCACCCUUGUCCAACACCUUUGGGUGAACUGGAGCGACUGUGAGCCAGACCUGAUCACCCAGCAUCAGUGCUUGAACUCACUAAUGCUCUCGUGUCUGAGUGGGAGUUAAACCCUGCUGUCUGGUUCAAAAUCUGGUGGAAAGACUGAAAUUAUAUCAGCAGAUUAAUGCCCAUUGUUUUAGUAUCACUUGUGCACAAUCACAUAUAGUUUCAAUGUGUCUUAAAUACUUAAUGUGUUCAUGUGGUGUUGAAAGUGCACUGCAAGAAAUAUCCAAUUUGAACAAACAAGCACAUGCUCAGAGAAAUUCGUCUUCAGUGCAUGUUUCCCUCUUUCAGCAGGACCAGGAGCCUUAAUGUGGACAUCAUGGAGUUGGAGCGGUUUGGGACGGAUGCUGAUGAAAACGAUGAAGAUGAUGCAGCGAUGCAGUACAUGAUCGCACAGAGUUUGCAGGAGAGCAACAAACAGAAGGAGACUCACCGAGACGCCACACCACGAGGCAGCAGGAGUUCUGGUCCUGAGUCUGCAGACAGCAGCACGAUCUUCUCUGCCAUAAGACAAGGUAACGAGAAGCUCCUGAGGGAUCUGUGUGUCGGACAGAGAGAGAAGUUUUCACAGACAGACAGCAGAGGUUGGACUCCUCUGCAUGAAGCAGCCGCUCAGAGCAACCAAACCAUCCUGGAGCUCACAUAUAAAGUUUCAGGUCGGGACUCUCUGGAGUGUCGCACUUCUCGUGGUGAGACUCCUCUCUUCCUGGCGGUAGAACGAGGUCUGAUAGAAAACGCCUCCUUCCUCCUUGAACAUGGAGCUCAGCCGGACAGUCAGGACCAGGAGCUGGACUCGCCGCUGGUUGUAGCGAUCCGUGCCGACCGCUCUGACCUGGUGAAGCUGCUGCUCCUGCGGGGCUCCAGGGUGAACCAGGAGGGCUGCAACGGACGCUGUCCCCUCCACGAGGCCUCUCGGCUGGGCAAGGCUGGGCUGGUGACCCUGCUGCUGGGGGCUGGAGCCCGGCCCGACCCUCGCAGCCACUACGGCCUCACGCCGCUGGCACUGGCUGCUCAGGGAGGACACCUGGAGGUGGUCCAGACUCUACUGAAGAGAGGAGCGGAUGUCCUGUCCCAGGCGCAGGAUGAGGCGUCUAUCUUGUACGAGGCGUCCUCGUCUGGAGAUCCAUCUGUCAUCAGUCUGUUGCUGGAGUACGGCGCCGACGCCAACGUCGCCAAACACACAGGACACAUGCCGAUCCACCGUGUGGCUCACAGAGGACACCUGGACGCUCUGAAGCUGCUGAUUCCAGUCACUUCUGUGAGUGAAGUAAACGACAGUGGGAUGAGUCCUCUACACUCUGCUGCUGCAGGAGGACACUCACAGUGCCUCAAGGUCUUGCUGGAUGCAGGUUACGACCCAAACUACAUGCUCCAUCCCUGGGUUCGCCGUAGUUAUGACGACGAGAGGAAGUCGGCGCUCUUUUUCGCCGUCUCCAAUAACGACGUGCCGUCAGCCAGACUGCUGCUGGAGGCCGGAGCCAUGGCAAACCAAGACCCGGUCAAAUGUCUGCAGGUUGCGCUGCGUCUGGGCAACUACGAGCUGAUCAACCUGCUGCUGAGGUUCGGAGCCAACGUCAACUAUUACUGCAGAAUAAACACAACACACUUCCCCUCCGCCCUGCAGUACGCUCUCAAAGACGAGGUGGUCCUCAGGAUGCUGUGUAACUAUGGUUACGAUGUGGAGCGCUGUUUCGACUGUCCCUAUGGCAACAGUCCCCACAUCCCAGAAGACUACGAGGGGUGGACCAACACUGUGAUCAAAGACACCUUGUUCUGUGAGGUGAUCACUGUCCGCUGGCUGAGGCAUCUCUCAGGUCAGAUGGUUCGCGUCAUGUUGGACUACGUGGAUCACGUGACCUUGUGCUGCAAGCUGAAGGCGGCUGUGAUGGAGCAGCCGCAGUGGCCCGACAUCUGCCGGCUGCAGGAGAGCGCUCGCUGUCUGCAGCAUCUCUGUCGUCUGCGGAUCCGUCGUUGUCUCGGCCGUCUACGUCUGCGGUCGCCUGUCUUCAUGAGCUUCCUGCCGCUGCCAGAGCGACUGAAGGACUACGUCCAGUACCGAGAGUACGACCUGUACGGCCGGCAGAGCAGCACGCCAGGAUGACGCAGGAGUGAAGAGCAGUUAAACACGAGCCACCUUCACAGUUUGUUUACUGAUUUUACACAUCAGACAUCUAUUUAACCAAAAGAAAGUUAAUAUCUUCUUUUAUGUUAUUGUAUUUUUAUAUCAAAAACAAAUGAAUUUCCUCUCCUGAAAUGCAGCAUGUUCUUAUCACCUGCUAUUGUCUAUAGUCUAACUUUUAAACAAAGCAAACAUUAUCUGAAAUUAAAUCGCAGACUGGGAGGACUUUUUUGAUAAAAGGAUUUAAAAUAAAAAAAACAAAAGAUGCUUAAAGUCUUAUAAUCCUAAACCUGUGAAUUUAAUAGUUUAAUUCACAAAAGAUUGAAGUCAACAUUGAAGCUCACCCAGCUUGCAACUUGAAAUCUAUUUAAAAAACAUUUCCUCAUAAACAAAGUGACACUUGAUGAAAUGAGCCGAGUCACACUGAAGUCACAGAUUUUAUUUUGACCCCUGCAGGAAGAUUUCCAAACACCUGUUUCUGAGAAAGAAAGAAAGAAAGAAAGAAAGGGGGAAAAAAAACAACAAAAAAAAACGCCUUAAAGGUUGAACACAAGCUAUUUUUACAUUUCACACACUGAUCCGAUCCGAUCCCUGCUGCGAGUCGACAACAGAUGUGGACGACACACACACAAGCAGCAGGAAGUCACAGAGACCACGUUCAAUGACCGGACGAAAAAAAUGUUUUAAAAAUCUGCAGACUCCUACUGGAGUUUUGUCGGGUUUCAGAUGGGAGGCUCGAACAUCUUCGCCCCCCACAGGAGUCCUGAUUGUCUCAUGAACAUAAAGAAAAAACUCUGGAUCUUGUUUUGUGUAUAAAGCAUAAAGACCUCUGAAGAUAAAAGAACUAACUGUGUGUGGGAGGAGCAUGCAUGUGGCUGACUGCUGGUGAUGUGCAUUAAGGCUGUUAGCAUUCUAUGAUUAGCAUAAAUGAUAUUGCUUACUGUAAGUUUUCACCCUGUUAGCAUGAAGCUGCGUGUGUGAGGUCUCAGUCAUGUUUACAGUGUCGGGGUCUGUCUCUCUCUCUCGGUCAUAUAGAAGUCCAUCUCUGCCAGAAAACAAAUUAAAAUCUAUCAAUCAAAACAAAAAUAUUGGUCAGGCCAAAAGUGACAGUACACAGUGCUCUUGUGGCGUUGGGAGUUUAAAGGAAAGCUUCACCAAAUUUAAAAAUCAGAGUCUGUUUACAGGUCUUGGGAUGUUCUAAUGCAUUUGUGAGAAAAGUAUUAUAAAGACUUCUACGUCGCUUUAGAGGGACAAACUGCCUCAGGUGAUGUCACGUGAGUCAGCGUUGGUUGGAUCUGAAGUCGGGCUGCAACUCCCGGUUAUUUUCACAAUUAAUGAAUUAAUUAAAGUAAUCUUUUAGGCUAUAAAAUGUCAAAAAAUACCAUGAAAACUGCUCAUAUCACAGUUUCCAAGAGCCUAAAGUGACAUCCAUAACACAAAGAGUCUUCAUUCACUGUCAUAAGUGACAAAGACAAUGUUUUGCUUCAAAAAAUGAUUAAUCAAUAAUCACUAUAUCUGGUGAUUCAUUUGCUUUUUAUCAACUAAUCGAUUUAUCCUUAAAGAUGUCUGGGAUUGUGGACGUUGAAAGAAUUGAUCAUACCAGGACGCCCCUGAUUACUGCUCGAAGGGUGACUAGCUUCUGCAUGUGAAAAAAGUAAAAUAAAUUGCCUCCAGUGAUGUCAAUCAAUGGCCAAGUUGCAUUGUGGGUAAUGUAGGCAGCAGCCACUUCUUCCUUUCUUUCUGAUCAGGAACAAAAACGCCUGAUUAAAUAAGACGAUAUCACAAAAGAACCUGACAAUGUAACAGAAGUCCUCCCUCCCCUCGUGUCAUCUCCCUAAAACACUCUGAAAGAUACUUAUUAGAUUAUGAAAUUGGACCUCAUACAAAUGAUGAAAGCUGAAUUUUCUCCCUUUGCGAGUCAUGAUGAUACCGUGUCAAUUCACAAAAUGUCUCCCUUAUUUUAAACCUCCUGACUCUUAUCGAGUAUCUACAGAAGAGCAUUCACUAGAGAGAGAAAACGAACUGGAGAUCUUUUCUAAUAAUUAUGAGAGAAGUUAAUUAAGAGAAGAGCUCUUCCAUGAGUAUCUCUUCUUUUUCUCUUCCUGGCAGAAAUGGACUUCAACAGACUGAUUUAGACUUAGUUUAAGGUGGCAUCAGUAGGUAGAAUCUAAAACUGAACCUGUUUUCCAGUAAACCUCUGAGGAACUCAUUUAUCAUUGGCUGUCACUUGUGUCCAUUCAGGGAUUAGGGAUGGAGCUGAGAAUUGUUUAAUUAAUCGACAAAUCUGCUGAUUAUUUCCUCAGAUAAAUCGAUUGUUUGGUCUCAAGAAGUCUCGUCAUGGUUUCCAAAAGCCCAAAUUUAAGAUUUUAUCUUAAAAGGCCUUGUUCAGUGGGACCAACAGGCCACGGUUUUUACAACCAUACAAGACAAAACAAACAAAACAAAACAAACGUAUGGACUUCUUUUUCACCAUAUUUGAUAAAAACUCUGAAAGCAAUGUGAAUUUAAAGGAGCAAUUAUUUAUAUUUUCCUGAUGACAAUGUAUCAAAUGAAAGUAUGAGAUCAAUGAGUGUGAAAGGUGUCGUUUGUAGAGAUAAAAGUGGUCUGUGGGCCGAAGCUGGACAGACAGAAGUUUCUAGUGAUAAAAAACAAAGUUAUAAUAAUUUCUAUGCUGUUUCUUUUUGUGUGAAGUAAACGUGUUUUUUAGAAAUGUAAGCUCCCUUAUUAUUAAUUAUUUUAACCUGAACAACGGUUUGCAAAAGGAAGUCAUUCAAUUCAAGGAGUUUACAUUUUAAAACACACAACCGGUGUUUCAGUUCUGGUUCUCCCAGCUAAAAAGUUUUGGACCCCUCUGUUCUAAAAGCUCUCACAGAUCCCUGAGCUCUGUGACACUGAGCAAUGUGCGGCUCAUGUUUUGUUAAAGGAACAAUUCACCCAACAAUACAUAUUCAGUCUUUCCCUGAUGGAUGCUGAUGGACAGUCAGGUGAAGUUUUGUCAACGAGGAAACAUUUCUGGAGCUUCACAGCAAAACAGAGCUGCGAGCGUUCGCCUGAACAGCUGAGGUAGAAGGCGACUUGUUUCAAAACGCAGAACAACAGGAAAAGACGAUCAACAUGGCUUCAUACAGCUCGUCCACUCUCCAGCUGCUUCAGGAGGAUGCUGCAGCACUGUUUUGCAGUGAAGCUCCGGAACUAUGAAACUUCACCUGACUUUCAAUCUGCACAGGUU